AUUAGGGUGGCGGCGGGCUGCAUGUGCCUUGCCUAAGCGGCUUCGCUGGCUCAAUCAGCGUCGCCAGAAUUUCCGCUUCAUAUGCACCAAGCCACUUGACUUCUUUUCUCUGGCUUGCUAUUUGACUGCUGGUCAUCGAUACUGGGCUCCUGCCCUCUUCCUUUGAUCGUUUCCCUCCCCAUUCGAAAAGCCUGCUGACAGAUUUAGGUCUAGAUCCUCGUUCGCCUGAAGAAAGGCACAAGAGAGAGCCUGCGCUGUGUCGGCCCCCCCCCAAAAGGGCCAUUGAAAACAAAAAAAAAUCCCACGCAUUCGCCUUGCACCGCAGGCGGCCAAUUGCGUUACCCGCUAUCAUGAGACGUCGGUCGAUUGGAUCAAUCAGUCAUCUCACUGGAAUCUUCUGCCUCAUCCGACAUCCCACUCGUCCACUAGCCAACAGUGGUUGCAGUCCCUGAGGAGACCGUCGUGCAGGCCUCAUUUCCCCGAUGCGUGGUUUCCCCUGGAUCCUAUUGCUGAUGGGCGGCGGUGGCAAUGGAGCUCGCGGCGUGCUGUUCGCUGGCAUCUACCCGCUCACGCCAGGCGUUGGGCACGAAUAUCUUGAUCUCCGAUGCAGAUUCGCCCAGAUAAAACCCAGAGGAACUCCUUUGGCAGGCUCCCUUGUCCUCCCACAUUUUCCCCCCCUUGAGGGAUGAACGAGCUCCUUUCCGCCCGACCUCGCCGCCCCCCUCUCCUCCUCGGAGUCUUCCUCGUGUCACUCAGGGGGAGGACGUCAUCCUAGCGCGCAGACAAACACCCUUUUCACUUGGUCGGAGUGGUGGUGUUACAUGUUUGUACCCCUCCCCUCGAACCUGUCACCUCACUCCUGGUUCGUCCUGCUUGCAUCGAGGGAUGACCAUGAUACACUGAUGAUAGCCGCCGCCACCACCACCACCACUCUCCAUCUUGCGUCCAUGACAUUGCCUUUCGUUCAUGCAGCCUUCCCCUCGUUGCCAAAUGAUGGAGCUCUUCACUACAGUUUCUCCGCUCUUUGUCACUGCUGGAUGCAAUCAAGCCUCACUAUCGCCACCACCUUCAUGGUAUUCGGAUCUCCCAUGAACGGCCCCCUUGAGCCAAGCUAUUUCCUCAAUCCUGCAUGUCCGGCUCGGUGCGCGAUCAAGGUCGUCGGCGUCGCAGCCAGACCUACGCCGGCCACAAGGGUGCUCGUUCUUCCAAACUGUCCCUCCUUACUGCCAUCACCACCGGAUCCCAUGGGUCGGCCGAGAGCUCGUCCACCGUCACGCAAGAAUCCCACUCCAAGUCCACCUCAAGUCCGAGUAAGCGAAGUAGAUCCUCCCGCCCAAAAAGGCCCAGCGAUGAGCGAGAGCGAAAGGCCUCGGAGGUGAAGCCCGAUCUGGUGAAUGCCACCAAGGAGAAAAACAUGUCCAAAGAAUCAGUAGACGUCUUCGCCUUCCUUGUCAAGGACGACGAGCAGAGCGCUACCGAUCCGGAUGCCCAAGAGGAGCCUCCAGUUGAGGAGAAGAAUACUCCCGUGUCGGACGACUCCGAUAGUGAAAGCAUCGUCCCCAGUAUGCAUUCAGACUCGGGGAUAUCAAUGGGUGAUAGCACUGUCCAUUCCAACAAUGACCCUUUCGUCGACACCCACUUGCCUCCUUUGCUAGAGGAUGUCCAGGAACACGACGAGAACCAGAAACCACGAGUUAUCGAGCCCAAUCACUCGCAACGACUACGAUGGAAAUAUCCAGAGGUGCCUGUGGCCACUCACAGGCCUCCCGUCCCGACCCUGAUUGAUGAGACGCCGAGCCCUGUGCAUGUUCGUGCACGCAUGCCACAAACUCUCGACGAAUGCGACAAAGAGUUUUCCUUACCACGAAAUACGUUGUCCGGAUAUGAUCUCGUUGCUGAUAGACUGGCGUCCGGGGACCUUCCACCAGUUUUCCGGAGUUUUAAAAAGAUCUAUUUUCGGCUGCUACUACAGCUACAAGACGAAAUUACCGAGAUGGAAGAACAACUAGCCGCUCUGGAUUCGGUCGAUGGCCAUAACCGACUCCAUGUGGACGGCAGCAUGUCGCCGGCCUCCAGACGAUUGAGCUGGCAAUGGGGUCAGUCCGAUCUCCCGGCGCAUCGGUUGCAUAUCUUGGGACGGUUGUCGAUGAAGCUUGAACAAUACUAUCAAGUGCUUUCAGCCUCCCAAAGAGUCCGCAUGCUGUCCUCGUCCCCAACAACGACAGAGAUUGCAGAGUUCCGGACAUGGUUACAGGAACACAGCCCCCUCUCGCUCCCGGAAUCCAGGUUCUUGGACGACAAUGAGGAUUUGAUAUCGUUGAAGGAGACGACUUCACCCGCGUCAACACAUUCCACCGGCCCCGCAUUAGAAUACGUCCCUAUUUGCAUUCUUACGAUGACACUUCUGCCGUUAUUGUGCUUCAAAUUCGUCACCGGAGUUUUGAACCGACUGAUCUUGCUUACCAUUGUGCUGGCGGCUGGGUACAGCAGCUUAGAGAAGCUUGACAGAUCAAAGGUCGAACAACAUCAACAAUGGGUGAUUGCAUGUUUCGGUGUUUCGUUUCUGGCAGCCCUCUUCUUUUAGAAAGAAAGCAUUAUGUAGUUGAGCGGCGACGCUCCUUGAUUUGAGGAGAAGGAUAGAUGGCACAAGCCACUGUACCUCACUAUAUAAUUGAGGCAAUGUAGCCUAGAAUAGAAGAACCAUCGCGCGUGGUUCGAUCCAGCAAAUAGAGUCGAAUGAACUGGACAGAGGACAGC